AUGACAACAGCAUACCUCUCCAGCCGCCUCUCCUGGCGUCCCCCAGACUUCUCAACCCACCGUCUCCCGCGCCGCAUACUCCCCCCGGCUAUAACCAUCACCGCCUUCGAGCUCCCAAUCUUGAUCAUCCUGCUCUUAGUCACCGUUACGAUCUUAGGUGUUAUCCUCGUUAAAGCGUCGUAUUGCGUUUAUAAGCUGCUCAGCUCGCGGGCUCAUGUUCUUGAUGUGGAGGAUAUGGGGACGGAAGGAGAGGAAACGAGGCUGCUUGAUGAUAGAUAUGGAUUUGUGAGGGGGUUUGGACAUAGGAGGUUUGAUGGGUUGAGUGAGGGGAGUGUGCAUAGGGAGGGUUGUGAGGGUGCGUGUGGGGGGUUGACUAGGAGGGGAACUAGUUGA